CAGAGAAAUGGAGAGACCACAGACUACACAGUUACUGCAACAAACCCAGAUGGAAUGGAAGCAGGAACUGCUAGUGUUGACAUAGACGAUGCUAGACAAGCCACAAUCUCUGGACUGGCUCCAUCCACACAGUAUACUGUGUCAGUAGCUGCAGUCAAUAGUGCUGGCACUGGACCUCUCACUACCCUCUCUGUAGAAACUCCAGAUGGACUCACUGUAUUGGCCACUCCCUCAUCCUCUACCUCCCUUGCCAUCUCAUGGACACUGGAGGACAGUUUGACUGCUACCUCCUACACCAUCUCCUACUCCAACACCAACAACACUGACUGUUUCACUAACUCCAGAAGUGAUAUCCCUGCUAGUGGGACAUCACACACUCGACUGGUCUAGAGGAGGGGACUGGUAUUCUAUCACUGUCACUGUCCACUCUGGCUGGAGGAGGGACGCAAGAAGGCAGCACCACAGCCACCACAUUGACUGCUGCUCCAUCUGCCCCUCCGUCUGAAGUGGAUGUAACUGAUAUUACCUCUUCCACCAUCACUGUCGAGUGGGGGGAGGUGCCUUGUGCUGAUCAGAAUGGAGCCAUCACAGGCUACUCAGUCCAGUAUGGAGUAAUGGGGAGUGGGAACACAGAGACUAUUACUGUUGAUGGAGCUACUGUGAUGGAAGCUACUAUACCAAGUCUAAAUCCAUCUACUGCAUAUACUGUGCAAGUGGCAGCAGUGAAUAGUGUUGAUACUGGAGUCUUUAGCGACAGACAAUCUGCUAUGACACUGGUUGCUGUCCCAGUUCUGAUGUCAGACUCCACAACAGCCACCUCCAUAUCCCUCUCCUGGACCAGUGCUGGCUCAGAGGGAGUCAGUUAUGAGGUUAAUUGGCAGAGAAACACCUCAGUAGGUUGUACUGAUGAGGACACAGGCAGUACCACUAUCACUGGAGGUUCCAUGACUAGCUACACCAUAACUGGACUAGAGGAAGACAGUAGGUACAUCGUAAAUAUGACAGCUUACAAUUCUCUUGGAAAUGAAAAAAGUGAGCCAGUUACUGCAAUGACAAUGAUUGCUGCUCCAUCUGCCCCUCCGUCUCCUGUGAAUGCAAUGGUGGAGAGCUCAACUAGUAUCACUGUCCAGUGGGGAGAGGUGCCAUGUAUCGAUCAGAAUGGAGCCAUCACAGGCUACUCAGUCCAGUAUGGAGUGGAGGGGAGUGGGAACACAGAGACUAUGACUGUCUCAGGAGCUAGUACCACUCAGACCACAAUCACUGGUCUCAAUCCAUCCACUACCUACUCCAUCCAAGUAGCGGCAGUCAACAGUGCUGGUACUGGAGUCUACAGUGAUCCAGAAAUGGCUGAAACUCUUCCAAGUGUAUACCUCAGUCUGAACGGUGAAAUCUUCCGUAAUCAUAGCUAUGUGGAUAUCAGUGAUAUUGGCUCCACUGAUAACACUGCUCUACAGUGUAUCACUAACCGUCUUCCACCUGCUGGUAGUCCUAAUUCUGGAGGAGACUGGUUUGCUCCAGACAAGACCAGAGUAGAUGGUACUGCUGUCCCAGGAUUUACCAGAACCAGAGGUCCAAUGGUAGUGAGACUGAAGAGGAACACUGCUACUGAUCCUGCAGCUGAAGGAAUAUAUCACUGUGAGGUAAUGGACAACACAGAAACUGAGCAGAGAGUUUAUGUGGGAAUAUACAAUGGAGGAGGAGACAUCUCAAUACGUGGGGAACUGACAGUGAAGUCUGACCUCAAUGGAGCCAGUCCUCAGUUCAUCCUCACCUGUAUCUCCACUGGUGGACCUGCUACCACUGUCACUUGG